GGUAUAGAGUGAAUAAUAAGUAUUUUAUUCAAAAAAGGAAAUGUAUUUCCUGGUGUUCUUUGCAUGCUUUGCCUUGAUACGCGGUCAAUAUUACGGUACAUAUGACUGCCCGAGUGGGUCUGAUGUUAUGGUUCAUUUGUUUGAAUGGACACACGCAUCAGUUGCUGAUGAAUGUGAACGCUUCCUCUCGGAGAACGGAUUUUGUGCUGUCCAGGUUUCACCCCCUAACGAGCACAGAGUAAUUGAUGAUCCAUGGCGUCCCUGGUACCAGCGUUACCAACCCGUCAGUUACUCGAUGACUAGUCGUAGUGGUAACGAACUUGAGUUCCUCGAUAUGGUCAACAGGUGUAACGAUGUCGGUGUCAGGGUCUAUGUUGAUGCAGUUAUCAACCACAUGACAGGAGGUGGGUUCGGUGUCGGGUCAGAUGGCAGUGUAUGGAGUGGUGACGGUCUAGAUUAUCCAUCAGUCCCUUUUGGUAGCACGGACUUCAAUGGUGCUAACGAAUGUUCGACAAGUUCUCUCGAAAUCGAAAACUACCAGGAUGUAAUACAAGUCAGGAACUGCCGCUUGUUGGGUCUCAGAGAUCUAAAAUUGGCUAAAGAUUAUGUAAGAGGCAAAGUAGCGGAGUAUUUGAACAAAUUGGUGGGAUACGGCGUAGCUGGAUUCAGAGUUGACGCUUCGAAACACAUGUGGCCCGGAGAUAUGCAGAACAUCUUCAAUCGUCUUAAUAAUCUUAAUACGCGUUGGUUUCCUUCUAAUACGAAACCGUUCAUCUACCAAGAGGUGAUUGAUAUGGGUGGCGAGCCAAUCACAGCAAGCGAAUACACGAGUAUGGGGCGUGUUACCGAAUUCAAAUAUGGUAAAAAUCUCGGAGACUGUAUUCGUAAAAACAAUGGCGAGAAGAUUUCCUAUUUGAAAAACUUUGGCGAAGGUUGGGGAUUCAUGUCAGGAGUGGAUGCAGUUUCUUUUGUUGACAACCAUGACAACCAAAGAGGCCAUGGAGCAGGAGGAUUCGGUUCCAUUCUCACCUUCUUUGAAGACAGGUGGUAUAAGAUGGCGAAUGCAUUUCUGCUGGCUUGGCCUUAUGGUUACCCCCGUAUUAUGAGCAGUUACAACUGGCCAAGGAACAUUGUUGGUGGAACGGAUCAAAAUGAUUGGGUUGGUCCUCCUGAUAACGGCGCCGGGGAUACAGAUUACGCGGUUUGUUUCAACGGAGACUGGAUCUGUGAGCAUAGGUGGAGACAGAUUACAAACAUGGUUCAUUUCCACAAUGCUGUUAUCAACGCAGUCGUCCAGAACUGGUGGGACAACGGCGAAAACAUGAUAGCUUUCUCUCGGGGAAACAUCGGCUUUUUGGCUAUGAACAACGAAAACUAUGACAUGAACGAGUGGCUCCAGACUGGCUUGCCUGGUGGUGUGUACUGUGAUAUCAUCUCUGGUGAUGAUGUCCUUGGAGCAUGUACUGGCAAAACUAUCACUGUAAAUGCUAAUGGUUUUGCGCAAGUUACGAUUUCGAGUGGUGACUCUGACCCAAUGAUUGCCAUAUAUUUUCGCUAAAUCAUCGGCAAAUUGUAAUAUAACGUUAAUAAAAAUGUCUAUAAAAUAAUAAACUCUAUAGACUACAUGUUCUCCACCAUAUAAACGAAUGAAAAUUUAG